UGUUCGAAAUUUGAAAUGUCAAAUUAAUUGGCACACUCGAAACUUUCGGACGGAGUAUACAACGAAAUUUAUUAAUUAACAUUUCUAACUUAAGCUAACUUAAUUUGGAAUGCCACGUGGAAAGUACGUAAAUCACAAAGGGCGUAGCAGACACUUCACUAGCCCAGAAGAUUUACUGGAAAAUGACUUAAGUGAAGAAAAUACUUCAGGCGAUGAGGGUGUAGCUGGACCUAGUAAACCAAAUAAACAUAGUUUAAAAGAUGAGGACGAAAGUGAUCAGUCAGAGGACUCUGAAGAUGAACGUGAUAAGCGUAAAGGUGUAGCAUCUUUAAUAGAGAUUGAAAAUCCGAAUCGUUCAGUAAAAAAAGGUACACAUAAAAUACACAAUAUGUCAGAGGAAAAGAAUACAAAGCCGGAACUAACACGGCGGGAGCGCGAGCAAAUUGAGAAACAAAAAGCCCGUAUUCGUUAUGAAAAAUUGCACGCAGCUGGUAAAACAAGUGAAGCAAAAGCAGAUUUAGCACGCCUUGCUUUAAUUCGACAGCAACGUAUGGAAGCCGCAGCCAAGAGGGAAGCAGACAAAAAAGCCCUCGAUGCUAAAAAGGCUUUUGAUAGCAAUAGCAAAUCUUAAGCAACUCGUGUAUUAUUACUUAACUCGUUUCUGUACUUGUAAUAAAACUACUUUGAUUGCUAUCCGAUUCUUAA